AUGGGAAGCGAUCUAGGUGAAUUAGUGAAAUUGUUUGAAGGUUUUAAAGUGGAGAUGAGGGAAACGAUUAGGGAUGAAAUUGGCAAGUUUAACAUACCGGCCUUGUUAGAGGAGCAGAAACAAAAGUACGAGGAGUUGAAAAGUGACUACAAGGAAUUACAAGAAACCGUCCAAAGGCAAAAAAGGGUCAUCGAAAACCUAAGAAGGAACAACAAUUUGGUAUUUUUCGGAAUUCGAGAUAGCGGUACCGAAAAUAUAGAAGUGCUGGAGAAUACGAUUCUAGACCUAUGUAGCAAUGUAGUGGAGGUUACAACAACGUCUGACAAUAUUAACUACGUACGACGCUUAGGGAGAAAUGAUACCAAAAAUCGGCCAGUUGUUGUCUCAUUCGUUUCUAAUAUCCAUAAAAGAAAAGUUUUGAGGAACGCCGGGAAGUUGAAAGGCAGUACGAUACACGUCACGGAAGAUUUAGACGAAGAACAGCGUGAACGCAGAAAGGAAAUGAUCCAAAUUAGAAAUAAUUACAGAGAAUCGGGCCAGACUUGUCAGUUAAGGAAGAAUGG